AGGAAACGCUUUUCUAAGGAGAAAUGAAGAAGAAAACUGUAUAUACCCUAAAUGUGGGAAAUAAGGAGUAUGAAGAUACAGAAGGUGAAGAAAACAGAGAUAAUACUUCUACCACUGGUUUGGUGUAUAAUGAAGCUGACAGAUGUCCAAUAUGUCUUAAUUGUCUAUUAGAGAAGGAAGUUGGUUUUCCUGAAAGCUGUAAUCAUGUCUUCUGUAUGACUUGUAUUCUUAAAUGGGCAGAGACACUGGCUUCAUGUCCUAUUGACCGAAAACCUUUUCAGGCAGUGUUUAAAUUCAGUGCAUUGGAAGGUUGUGUUAAGGUUCAAGUAAAAAGACAGUUGAGAGAACCAAAGGACAAAAAUGAAAGCUCUUUUAAGAAACAGCUCUACUGUCAUGAAGAUUCUAAAAGCCGUAUAAGAAAAAAAGCCAUCAUAAGGGAAGAUCUAUUAAGUACAAAAUUUUAUGACUUGAGGAUUAUACAUAGAAACUCUUCAUACAGUAAAACAGAAGGAAAGAAGAGUGCAGCAAUAAAGAUAAAUAAGCCUCGAAGAUCAAAUCAGUGUACAGCUCAGUGCUUCAGAAAUUUUUUCUCCAAUGUAUUUUCUUCUAGUAGUCACACUGGAGAAUCUUCUUUUACCUACAGAUCUUAUUGUACAGAAUUUAUAGAAGUCAAUGAAAUCAGUGCAUUGAUUAGGCAGAAGAGACAGGAACUGGAAUUGUCAUGGUUUCCUGAUAUGUUUCCUGGAAUUGGAAGAAUUGGCUUUAUACCCUGGAAUAUUGAAACAGAAGUCCUUCCUCUUAUUUCUUCUAUGUUGCCAAGAACUAUUUUUCCAACAAGUACCAUAUCUCUAGAAAACUUUGGUACUUCUUGCAAGGGAUAUGCAUUAGCACAUACCCAAGAAGGAGAAGAAAAGAAGCAAACUUCUGGUACAUCAAAUACCAGAGGAUCAAGACGAAAAUCUGCAGCAACAACUCCUACAAGGAGAUCUACACGUAACUUGAGAGCUGAAACAGUCAGUCAGUCUCAGAGAUCCCCAAUAUCAAAUAAUUCUGGGUGUGAUGCCCCAGGUAACAAUAAUCCAUCUAUGAGUGUUUCCUCUUCAGCUGAGUCAGAAAAGCAAACAAGACAGGCUCCAAAACGGAAGUCUGUGAGAAGAGGAAGAAAAGCACCUUUAUUGAAAAAGAAACUUCGGAGCUCUGAACUUCCCCCUGAAAAAUCACCUUCCAGUGAUUCAGUAGAUGAAGAAACAGUAGAAUCUGACACAUUACCUGUGAUAGAAGAAGAGCGUCAAUCAGAUGUAGAAAGUAGUAACACUUGUACUGUGCAGACAAAUGUAGAAAACCAGUCUACUAAUUGCUUGAAAAGUUGCAGUGAACAGAUAGAAGAAAGUGAGAAACACAUUGAGAAUCAUGAUACAGAAGAAAGAGUAGAAUCUUCAUAUUCUGAGUCUUGUACUCAAGACCCUCCUGUGCUCGUUGGAGAGGAAGAAGAAAUUCAAACAAUUGAGAAUACAGAUACAGAGGCCAAAGUUUUGUGUUUGGAAAGUGAUAUUUCUAAAAAUAUUUUUGAAAAAGGAGGUGAUCCAUUGGAAAAUCAAGACCAGAUGUCCGGAUCUUCAGAAUCAGAGGCAAAGGCAGAUAGAGGUACAGAUCAUACCCCAAGUAAUUUUCUUACAUGUUCAGUAUCUGAAAGUGAAGUACACCAAUCUGUAUCUAGUCCUCUAGGUGAGUUAUCUGAGAAUGCAGAGUCCGUUGUUAAUGAAGAAAAAACGAUAGAGAGUCCUGUAGUAGAAAUUUUUGAUCAUAAAGAUUCUACAGUAAAAAAAGAGCUGUUAGAGAGCCCCACAUUAGAAUCUUCUGAGAGUGAAAUUAUACAAACAGUGGACAUAAAAUCUGUUGAGAGUGCCGAGGUUCAGUUGCUUGGGCAUACUGAAUCCGAAGAUGUAGAAAUAAUUGCAACAUGUGAUACUUCUGAGAAUGAAAAUGUCAGUACUAUUCAAGACUCUGAAAAUAAUUUAUUAAACAAUAAUCUUGACACCAGUUUGGACAUAUCUCUAGAAGGAAAGAGUGAGUCUCUGAUUAAAGAUCCCAAAUCUACAGAGUUACCUAAAGCACACACUGAACAGAUUCAGAAGCAUUUUAGUGAGGACAACAAUGAAAUGAUACCUAUGGAAUGUGAUUCAUUUUGCAGUGACCAAAAUGAAUCUGAAAUUGAACCAUCUGUAAAUGCUGAUUGUAAACAAUUGAAUGAAAAUUCUGUAGCACACAGUUCUGAAAAUAAUAUGUCAUCAUCUUCUGAUACUGCAAAGGAAAAGGAUGAAACUGUAUCUCAACCAUCUGAAAACUUAAUAGAUACAGUAGAUAAAGCCAAAAAGCCUCGUACUCGAAGAUCCAGAUUUCAUUCCCCAUCUACAACUUGGUCUCCCAGCAAAGACACCGCACAAGAAAAGAAGCGGUCCCAGUCUCCAUCUCCCAAAAGAGAAACUGGAAAAGAGAGCAGGAAGUCUCAAUCGCCAUCUCCUAAGAAAGAAUCUACCAGAGGACGGAAAAAAUCUCGUUCUCAGUCCCCAAAAAAGGAUAUUGCAAGAGAAAAGCGGCGAUCUCAGUCUCGGUCUCCAAAAAGAGAUAGUACCAGGGAAGGUAAAAGAUCUGAAUCACCAUCCCCAAGAAGAGAUACUUCUAGAGAGAACAGACAGUCUCAGUCAAGAGUGAAAGAUUCCUCCCCAAGAGAAAAAUCCAGAUCCCAGAGCGGAGAAAGAGAAAGUGAUAGAGAUGGGCAAAGGAGAGAUCGAGAAAGAGAAAGGAGAACCAGAAGAUGGUCUAGAUCCAGAUCUCGUUCUAGGUCACCCUCAAGAUCUAGAACAAAAGGCAAGAAUUCAUCGUUUGGUAGAAACGACAGAGAGAGUUACUCUCCUCGGUGGAAGGAAAGAUGGACAAAUGAUGGUUGGAGAUGUCCACGAGGAAAUGAUCGAUACAGAAAGAAUGACCCAAAGAAACAGAAUGAAAAUACAAGAAAAGAAAAAAAUGACAUCAGUCUAGAUGCUGAUGAUUCAAACUCUACUGACAAACAAAGAAAUGACUGUCCCAAUUGGGUAACAGAAAAAAUAAAUUCUGGGCCUGAUCCAAGGACCAGAAAUCCAGAAAAAUUGAAAGAGUCUCAUUGGGAAGAAAAUAGAAAUGAAAAUUCAGGGAACUCUUGGAAUAAAAACUUUAGUUCUGGUUGGAUGUCUAACCGUGGUAGAGGUAACCGUGGCAGAGGCACUUACAGAGGUAGUUUUGCCUAUACAGAUCAGAAUGAAAAUAGAUGGCAAAACCGAAAACCCCUCUCAGGGAAUUCAAAUAGUUCAGGGAAUGACUCUUUCAAGUUUGUGGAACAGCAACCCUAUAAGCGGAAAAAUGAGCAAGAGUUCUCAUUCGACACACCAGCAGACAGAUCUGGGUGGACAUCUGCAUCUAGCUGGGCUGUAAGAAAAACUCUGCCAGCAGAUGUACAAAACUAUUACUCAAGACGAGGGAGGAAUUCUUCAGGUCCACAGUCUGGAUGGAUGAGACAAGAAGAAGAAACAUCUGAACAGGAUCCUAACCUAAAAGACCAAACAAACCAACAAGUUGAUGGUUCUCAGCUACCUAUAAACAUGAUGCAACCACAAAUGAAUGUAAUGCAACAACAAAUGAGUGCACAACACCAGCCUAUGAAUAUCUUCCCAUAUCCAGUGGGUGUUCAUGCUCCUUUGAUGAACAUCCAGCGCAGUCCAUUUAACAUUCAUCCUCAGCUGCCCUUGCAUCUCCACACAGGAGUGCCUCUCAUGCAGGUAGCUGCUCCUACUGGUGUAUCUCAGGGACUACCACCACCACCACCUCCUCCCCCACCAUCUCAGCAAAUCAGCUACAUUGCUCCACAACCAGAUGGAAAACAAUUGCAGGGUAUUCCUAGUUCUUCUCAUGUAAGUAAUACCAUGAGUACUCCAGGCUUGCCUGCUCCGACAGCAACCCCAGGAAAUAUGGGAACGGUUCAGGGACCAAGUUCUGGUAAUACUUCGUCAUCAAGUCACAGCAAAGCCUCUAAUGCUGCUGUAAAAUUGGCAGAAAGCAAAGUAAGUGUUACAGUGGAAGCCAGCGCAGAUAGCUCGAAGACAGACAAGAAAUUGCAAAUUCAAGAAAAAGCAGCACAAGAGGUAAAAUUGGCCAUUAAGCCAUUUUACCAAAAUAAAGAUAUCACCAAGGAAGAAUAUAAAGAAAUUGUACGGAAAGCGGUAGAUAAAGUUUGUCAUAGUAAGAGUGGAGAAGUAAAUUCUACUAAAGUGGCAAAUCUGGUUAAAGCCUAUGUAGACAAAUACAAAUAUUCACGGAAGGGGAGCCAAAAGAAAACUCUGGAAGAACCUGUGUCCACUGAAAAAAACGUAGGCUGAAAUGGGGAGCACUGUAAAGGACAUUAUCAAGAUAUCUGCAAAGUGCAAUUUCAACAUGUACCAUUAACUGAAAAUCAUGCAUAACUGUGAUUGAAAUUUGGUUUUGAUAAAAUUAUUUUUUUUAACAUAGGAUAUAAUGUUUUGUUCUAAAUAAAUAUAGUUCUGCACUGCAACUUCUAUAUCCUUCUAUCCUCCCACCAAAACAAAUUCAAGGGAAAGUAAAGAAUUGAAAAGAGCGUGCAUUUUUACCGGGACUGUGUUAGAGUGUGGAUGCUGGAAGGUGUACAGCUUUUUGAUGAGAGCAGUGGAAUGCAGGCACUAGACGCUUAUAAGUGCGCUGGUUUUGGAAGAGAGAUAUAUAAUGCAUUUAUUCUGUCUGGCUAAAAAAUAAAGUAUGAUCUUUGUGAUUUUCCCUCUAAUUAUGGAAAGUUAAAUAAUGUAUUACCAUGAAAAGUAUUUCUAAUAUUAAAUAGAACAUGCCAAUUGCAGGGUUCCUAAUGUGUACUUUUAAAGCACAUAUCUUAAUAACUUGCUUAGCUAGAAAACAGAUUAUCACGAGUAAAAUUUAGUGUUCAAAACUAUGAGACACUCUUCACCUAUUGUAUGACCAAAUAAAGGUUAUGCUGCUUGUUUUU